CUUGCCGCAGUGGCGGGAAGACUUGCGGGCGGGACACGCGCUCCGCGCUUCGUGAUCCACGAUAACCGCACGAUAAGUCGGCGAAAGUUUACUAUAAAAAUAUACAUUCCACUAUUUGAACCUAUUGUGAAACUGUACAUUCGUGAUUAAAUAGUUCAGUGUAGUUUUUAAAGUUGCGACUUGUUUCGCAAGCAGUGAAAUUAUGGGUUAAAUCCAAAUAUUUGUCGGUAUGGCAGACGUGGUGACAGAGUUUCCUGAAGCGACAACCGCAGCGCCGGGGUAUCGGUCUCCUACCCCUGAGCUGUACGCGGCCUACACGACUUUAGAGAUCCUGGUAGCUUUAGUGGCGAUAAUCGGUAAUGCUAUGGUGAUACAUGUGUUUAGAAGGGACAGGAGAUUGAGACGUCGCACAAACUAUUACAUAGUUUCUUUGGCAGUGGCGGAUUUGUUAGUGGGCCUGUUGGGGAUCCCUUUCGCGAUCCUAGCUUCCGUGGGGCUUCCACGGAACCUCCAUGCCUGCCUCUUCACGGUGUCGCUACUAGUGAUGCUUUGUACUAUCAGCAUCUUCUGCCUGGUAGCUGUAUCAGUGGACCGGUACUGGGCCAUCCUUCACCCCAUGUGCUACUCGCGGAACGUGCGCACCAAAACAGCUAUAAUUAUAAUCUCAGUGUGCUGGGUGGCCGGCGCCGGCGUGGGGUUCCUGCCGCUGCUGGGCUGGCACGCGGCCGUCGACCCCGACGUCGGCUGCUACUUCGUCGAGGUUAUGGACUACAAUUUCCUCCUGUUCCUGUAUUUCGCCACGAUCAUGACGCCCAGCGUGCUGCUGGCCGGCUUCUACGCGCACAUUUACCGCGUCGUGGUCAAACAGAUGAGCGAGGUGAUGACGGUGCAGGGCACCAACGGGCGCGUCACGGGCGGCACCAUGCUGCGGGUCCUCGGCGCCGCGCAAAAGCGGGAGGUCAAGGCCACGCAAAACCUCGCCGUCAUCGUCUUCUUCUUCAUGGUCUGCUGGAUCCCUCUCUAUACCAUCAACGCCAUCAAUGCCUUUAAACCGGACCUCCACAUUCCAAACCUGCUCACUGACUUCUGCAUUAUUCUAUCUCAUCUCAACUCCGCUAUCAAUCCACUGCUUUACGCAUACCAUCUCAAAGACUUCCGAGCGGCGUUAAAAGGACUUAUAUGUACAGUCCUAGGGAGAGGAGGACCUAUUCCAUCUGGGUACAGACCGCCAGUUCCGAUUAGACGACCGGCACUAGAAAGAUGCAACGCGCUCAGGGAGAGGCCUAAGAUUUAUGUCAACUCGCCGGUUUGGCUCCGUCAGAGAGAAGAGGAGUUAGCUGCGUCGCAGCAAGUGAAUAAUGCGGUAACUCCGUCACCAGCAGAUAUGGAGCCAUUUUUAAAUAAGACCGUCGCUGAGAGUUCUAGUGGGCGGCACACGCCAGAAGGGCGAGAAAGCGAGGGCAGUCCCUACCUCAUAGAACAGGACCAAGAGAGGUGUCAGAGUCCGUACAGGCGAGUGGAGGAACUUCUACGUAGAGUGCGAAGCGUGAGCUCUGACCACAGCUGACAUGAGCCGCGCCGGGACCGCCCGGCAUACAGCAUCUCCUGAACUCUAAAGCUUUAAAGCCGCGAAGGCAACCUAUUCCAAAGAAUACGACUGCUAUGAGCAGAUUAACUUUACGGCUGUCAACAAGAUCUAUAUUUAUAAGAUAUUUACUAUUAGCUGAAGUCAUAUUUUUAGAUAUAAAUGAGAUUUUUCUAGUACAACGUAAAAUCUAUGUGAGUAGAUGUUAUUGCAAAUAUGUUGCAGUGCGAGAAUGGAGACAUAUACAUAUUUUAUUAAAUAUUGCUGUUAUGCUUGUUCUGAGAGAAUCGGUCAAUUUGUAUUGUUGCUUGUUAUGAAUUAAACAUGCAGUAAAUUAAA